AAGAGAGGAAGGAUGAGUGAUGAGUGAGUUACAGUUUGGGGGACUCACUCUUUGUACCCUUCACCAACACUCUUCUCACUCUUCCACACCCAAAAUGCGUUUCCUCUAUCUUCUUCUUCUCCUUCUCCAUUUUCAUUAUCACCAAACCCUAUCUGCGCCAAUAUCAGAAUACCGCGCUCUUCUCUCUCUCCGUUCAGCCAUUACCGACGCCACUCCACCUGUCCUCUCUUCAUGGAACGCCUCCACCACUUACUGUUCUUGGCUCGGUGUCACCUGCGACAGCCGCCGCCACGUCACCGCCCUCAACCUCACCGCCCUCGGCCUCUCCGGCGCCCUUUCAGCCGACGUCGCUCACCUCCCGUUUCUCACCAACCUCUCCCUCGCGGCUAACCAUUUCUCCGGCCCCAUCCCUCCCUCCCUCUCCGCUGUCGCCGGCCUCCGCCACCUCAACCUCUCCAACAAUGUCUUCAACGGCACCUUCCCCUCCGAGCUCGCGCGCCUCCAGAACCUCGAGGUCCUCGACCUCUACAACAACAACAUGACCGGCGAGCUCCCCCUCGCCGUCGCCGAGAUUCCCACCCUCCGCCACUUGCACCUCGGCGGCAACUUCUUCUCCGGCCAGAUCCCGCCGCAGUACGGACGCUGGCCCCGCCUCGAAUACCUGGCCGUCUCCGGCAACGAGCUCGACGGAAAAAUCCCACCGGAGAUCGGCAACCUCACCAGCCUCCGGGAGCUUUAUCUUGGAUAUUUCAACACCUACGCCGGCGGCAUUCCGCCGGAGAUCGGGAACUUGUCGGAGCUCGUGAGGCUCGACGCCGCCUACUGCGGCCUCUCCGGCGAGAUCCCGGCGGAGCUGGGGAAGCUGCAGAAGCUGGAUACGCGCUUCCUCCAGGUGAAUGCCCUUUCGGGGUCUCUCACGCCGGAGCUGGGGAACCUGAAGAGUCUUAAAUCAAUGGAUUUGUCUAACAACAUGCUCUCCGGUGAGAUUCCGGCGAGCUUUGGCGAGCUGAAGAACAUGACGCUUCUGAAUCUGUUCAGGAACAAGCUUCAUGGAGCAAUACCGGAGUUUAUAGGGGAGCUUCCGGUUUUGGAGGUGGUGCAACUGUGGGAGAAUAACUUCACAGGUAGCAUUCCAAUGGGUUUGGGGAAGAAUGGAAGAAUCACUCUUGUUGAUCUUUCUUCUAACAAAUUAACUGGAACUUUGCCUCCUAACUUGUGUUCUGGGAACACUCUUCAAACUUUGAUAACUCUUGGAAACUUCUUAUUUGGUCCAAUUCCUGAAUCUCUUGGAAGUUGUCAAUCCCUGAACCGGAUUCGAAUGGGAGAGAACUUUCUGAAUGGUUCCAUUCCGAAGGGUCUUUUUGGACUUCCAAAACUCACGCAGGUUGAGCUUCAGGAUAAUUAUCUCUCUGGAGAGUUUCCUGAGGCUGAUUCUGUUUCUGCUAAUCUUGGUCAGAUUACUCUCUCUAACAACCAACUCUCUGGGCCUUUGCCUCCUUCCAUUGGUAACUUUUCCAGCGUGCAGAAGCUUCUUCUUGAUGGCAACAUGUUCUCGGGUUGGAUCCCUCCUCAGAUUGGGAAGUUGCAACAGCUUUCCAAGAUUGAUUUUAGUGGCAACAAGUUUUCGGGUACUAUUGCGCCUGAGAUCAGUCAUUGCAAGCUGUUAACCUUCCUUGAUCUUAGCCGCAAUGAGCUCUCUGGGGAGAUCCCAAAUGAGAUCACUGGCAUGAGGAUUUUGAAUUACCUUAACCUUUCGAGGAACCAUCUUGUGGGUAGCAUUCCCUCCUCGAUAUCCUCGAUGCAGAGUUUAACUUCUGUUGAUUUUUCCUACAACAAUCUGUCUGGUUUGGUGCCUGGUACUGGUCAAUUCAGCUACUUCAACUUCACGUCUUUCUUGGGAAACCCUGACCUGUGUGGUCCCUAUUUGGGUGCUUGCAAGGAUGGGGUUGCCAAUGCUGCUCACCAACCUCAUGUCAAAGGACUCUCCUCUUCUCUGAAGCUGAUUCUCGUUGUUGGGUUGCUUGCAUGUUCCAUUAUUUUUGCUGUGGCUGCAAUAUUCAAGGCUCGCUCGCUGAAGAAGGCUAGUGAGGCUCGCGCAUGGAAGUUGACUGCGUUCCAACGUUUGGACUUCAGUGUUGAUGAUGUUUUGCAUUGCUUGAAGGAGGAUAAUAUUAUAGGGAAAGGAGGUGCUGGCAUUGUCUACAAAGGGGCUAUGCCCAAUGGGGAUCAGGUUGCUGUAAAGAGGCUUCCGGCUAUGAGUAGAGGCUCUUCCCAUGAUCAUGGGUUCAAUGCGGAGAUUCAGACAUUGGGGCGAAUCCGACACAGGCACAUUGUUAGGUUGUUGGGUUUCUGUUCAAACCACGAGACAAACCUUUUGGUCUACGAGUACAUGCCCAAUGGAAGUUUAGGUGAGGUUCUUCAUGGAAAGAAAGGGGGUCAUUUGCACUGGGACACCAGGUAUAAAAUUGCGGUGGAGGCUGCUAAGGGGCUUUGCUAUCUUCACCAUGAUUGUUCUCCACUCAUUGUCCAUCGUGAUGUGAAGUCAAACAACAUCCUUCUUGAUUCUAAUCAUGAAGCACAUGUUGCUGAUUUUGGGCUUGCCAAGUUCCUCCAAGAUUCUGGGACAUCUGAAUGCAUGUCUGCUAUUGCUGGCUCAUACGGAUACAUUGCUCCAGAAUAUGCCUACACAUUGAAGGUUGAUGAGAAAAGCGAUGUGUACAGUUUUGGUGUGGUUCUUUUGGAACUUAUAACAGGCAGGAAACCAGUUGGAGAAUUUGGUGACGGUGUGGACAUUGUGCAAUGGGUGAGGAAAAUGACGGACUCUAACAAGGAAGGUGUUCUUAAAGUUCUUGAUUCUAGGCUUCCCUCGGUUCCCCUUCACGAAGUGAUGCAUGUUUUCUAUGUAGCCUUGCUGUGUGUUGAAGAACAAGCUGUAGAGAGACCUACUAUGCGAGAAGUUGUUCAAAUUCUAACAGAGCUUCCAAAGCCGCCCGACUCUAAAGAGGGGGACUUUACAAUAACUGAAUCCUCUCUGUCAUCAUCAAAUGCUUUAGAAUCUCCAUCCUCAGCCUCUAAAGAUCAUCAAAAUCCUCCUCAAUCCCCACCACCCGAUCUUCUUAGCAUUUGAAGUUCGGUGUUGCGUGUUUCAUCUUAGUUCCCACGGUUGGUGAUGGCUUAUCCAUUUCGUUUUUUUUUUUUUUCUCUCUUCUGGGGUUGGGUUUUUGUUUUCUAACUGAAGGUGUUAAUGUUAGAUUAUUUUAAUGGUUUUGUACAGUAGGAUUGGGGGUGGGUAUUUUCUUAUUAAGUCUCUGUCUUCAUCUUGUAGCUCUACUUUUAAUUUUUAUCUUACGGCUGUUAUUGCACUGAACCUACGCCGAGGGAGGGUUCAAGGGAUAGUCAUAUUUUUAUGGGGAUCAAUGACAGAUAGUGAAAGGGACACAAUGACGCAAAGGGGUUGGGUAUGAACUAACUAUGAAACAGACAAACAGUGGGUAUAUUGUAUGGUUUAGAAUAUUAUUGAUGAAUCCUGAGUGGAUUGGCGCAGAGUAUGAACUGUGAGCCUGAACUGUGACUGUGAAUCUACCAGUCAGGACUUCAGGUGUGGGAUUACCUUAUCUCAAGUAGUUAACUUGUUUCAAGAAAAUCGGAGUGAAUCCGGCAUUGUUUACCUUUA